AUGAGAUUUCGCGCUAAGCAAUAUGCUACAACAUCGGAUUUAGAAAAGGCAUUUCUACAAAUACAGCUCGACGAGAAAGACCGAGAUGCAACGAGGUUCUUAUGGCUUAGCGAUCCUACAAACACAUCAAGUCCGCUAAUAACAUAUCGCUUCAAGUCCGUACUCUUCGGAGCUACAUGUUCGCCAUUCAUUUUGAGCGCCACACUUCUCAAGCACUUAAAGGAAAACCCGGGACCUUUUGCAACCAAAGCGAGAAUUAUACCCCUAGAAAUUAAAAGUUUGUGUGGAGAUAAUGUAUGGAGAUACUGCCCUACAAAAGACAACCCCGCAGAUCUGCUUACACGUGGUAUAACAUCUGAAGAACUGCAACAAAAUGAAAUGUGGUUUAGUGGACCUAAAUGGUUAAACAGCAAAGAAGAUUGGCCGACAUGGAACGGAAACAACGUAACGUCUAGUGUAUGUACAACUAUGUCGGAGAACGAUGACAAAAUUGAAACUAUGGAGAAAAAUCAAAAUGUAUGUAUUGGUAUAGGAGAAAUCAUAGAUAUUGAACGGUACAAUUCUUAUACAAAACUAACCCGCAUUACCGCAUAUGUAAUGAGAUUCGCAACAAACUGUAGAGCAACAGAAACUGAACGAAAGAAAGAUUUGUUACGUAGUGAUGAAAUUAAAAAUGCAAAAUUCCUAUGGAUAAGAUAUACACAAGGUAAAAUAUUUAGUGACGAAAUAAAUUGUAUAGAUAAUUCUACAAAACGUAAAACACUUGUGCGACAAUUAAAGCUCUUUCUAGACGAAAAGCAAUUAUUACGAUGUGGUGGCCGCCGAAUAGACAAUGCGACAGUAGGAGAAACAGUCAAGUUUCCAUAUCUGUUACCGGCAAAGGACCGUCUUACACAUUUGAUAGUGUUAGAAGCACAUGAGAAUACACUACAUUCAGGAAUAAAUAUCACUCUAGCAUACAUACAACAAACAUUUUGGAUUCCGAAAUUAAGACAGUGCGUGAAAUCUAUAUUGUCGAAAUGUGUAACGUGCCGAAAAGUAAUCGGAAAAUCUUAUCCCGCACCAGAAAUUCCACCAUUACCAAAUGAGAGAGUUCAAGAUGCUACACCCUUUAGCAUAACCGGUGUAGACUUUACAGGUGCGUUAACGACAAGAAACAGACACAACGAAGAAUCGAAGGUUUACAUUUGCCUAUUUACAUGUGCUGUCACUCGAGCAGUACAUUUGGAAGUAGUUUACGAUCUCAGCGAAGAAUCUUUUUUACUGUGUUUCCGGAGAUUUGUAAGUCGAUGA